UCGAAGUCUGACCUCUUGGCACAACAGAGAGAUUUAUCAGAGGGGGCAUGUGACUUGUUAAGUAAGACACACAACCCCGGCUUGAAGGAAACAGCUGCUCAUUUAUGCUUUAGCACUUGGCAGCUGGACAAAGAAGGGAGAUGUUUGUGUUGAAUACCUCUGCAGAACCAAGUACAUUUUCUGGUGAAGUGCAGCAGAGAAUGCGACUGACAGUCAUCUAAUGGGGGCCCUCCUGCUCUGCUUCGGUGUGCUGAAAGCACGUUUACUCUUUUGACAAUGGGGUCCAAUACGCUUGGGAAAGCUGCUACACUGAAUGAACUAUUAAGCACCUGCAUUACAAUGUUUGAUCACAAAGGGGAACUGAGUAACAACAAUUUGCCAAGAACCUUCCUUUUAAUGCACCGCUGGUAUCUAACAUCCACAGAACUGGCAGGCAAACUUCUCUCCCUAUAUAGAAAUGCCAACGGGGAAAACUGCAAUGAAAUCCGCUUAAAAAUCUGCUACUUCAUGAGAUACUGGAUUUUGGAAUUUCCAGCAGAAUUUAAUCUAGACCUUGGUUUGGUUCGUCUCACAGAGGAAUUUCAAGAAUUAGCCAGCCGCCUAGGUUACGAAGAGCAUAUCCACCUUAUUGAUAUCUCUAGCAUUCCUUCUUACGACUGGAUGAGAAGAGUCACGCAAAGGAAAAAAACUUCCAAGAAGGGAAAAGCUUGCUUGCUGUUUGAUCACCUGGAACCCAUUGAGCUUGCUGAGCAUCUCACCUUUUUGGAGCAUAAAUCUUUUAGAAGGAUCUCUUUCACAGAUUAUCAGAGCUAUGUGAUCCAUGGCUGCCUGGAGAACAACCCGACCCUGGAAAGAUCAAUCGCUUUAUUUAAUGGCAUCUCUAAGUGGGUCCAGUUGAUGGUCCUUAGCAAACCAACCCCUCAGCAAAGGGCAGAAGUCAUCACAAAAUUCAUUAAUGUUGCACAGAAACUUCUUCAUCUGCAAAAUUUCAAUACCCUGAUGGCUGUUGUCGGUGGACUAAGCCACAGUUCUAUUUCACGUCUCAAAGAAACUCAUUCUCAUCUUUCUCCAGAGGUUACUAAGGAUUGGAAUGAAAUGACCGAACUAGUCUCCUCCAGUGGAAACUACUGCAACUACCGCAAAGCUUUUGCUGACUGUGUUGGCUUCAAAAUCCCCAUCUUAGGCGUCCACUUGAAGGACCUGAUAGCAGUUCAUGUCAUCUUUCCAGACUGGAUCGAUGAGAACAAAGUCAACAUAGUGAAAAUGCAGCAGCUUUCGGUCACCUUGAGCGAGCUGGUUUCCCUGCAGUCUGCUUCUCACCAUCUCGAGCCAAACAUGGACUUAAUUAACCUGCUAACGCUUUCCCUGGAUCUCUACCACACAGAAGACGAUAUCUACAAACUCUCACUGGUGCUGGAACCACGAACUUCUAAAUCACAGCCUACCUCUCCAACAACUCCUAAUAAGCCAGUGGUGCCUCUGGAGUGGGCAUCUGGAAUAAUACCAAAACCAGAUCCGAGUAUCAUCAACAAACACAUCCAAAAACUAGUUGAUUCUGUUUUUAGGAACUAUGAUCAUGACCACGAUGGCUAUAUCUCUCAAGAAGACUUUGAAAGCAUAGCAGCUAAUUUUCCUUUCCUGGACUCGUUCUGUGUAUUAGACAAAGAUCAGGACGGUCUUAUCAGCAAAGGAGAAAUGAUGGCUUAUUUUCUGAGGGCCAAAUCGCAGCUGCAGUGUAAGAUGGGACCUGGUUUCAUACAUAACUUCCAGGAGAUGACCUAUCUUAAACCAACUUUCUGUGAGCACUGUGCUGGAUUUCUCUGGGGUAUAAUCAAGCAAGGCUACAAAUGCAAAGAUUGUGGUGCCAACUGUCAUAAACAGUGCAGAGAUCUGCUAGUUCUAGCCUGCAGGAAGUUUGCCAGAGGAACAUCACUGAGUAGCAAUCACGAUUCUCUGCCAAAUAGUCCAUCAUUGCCAGCAGUGCAAGAUGAAGUCUUCAAUUUUCCCAGCGUAGCUCCACGAAACCAGGAUCUAGACAGCCGAGCAAUCACACUUGUGACUGGCUCUUCUCAGAAGAUUUCGGUGCAUCUGCAACGGGUGACCACCAGCCAAGCCACUCAGACAGAGCCACUGUGGCAUGAGCCUGGUUGGGGUGAUUCAGGAUCUCACACAUUCCCCAAAAUGAAGUCCAAGUUCCAUGGCAAAUCAGGAAAGAACAAAGGCUUUGCAAAAUGGGAGAAUAAUGAAAAACCCAACAUUCAAGCCAAUAUGAUCAAAGCAGUAGCAAGUAUAGCAGAUGUGUUGGACCAGAAUGGAACAGAAACUCUCCUAGAACAGCAGGAAAUGGAGGCCAGCUGAUCUAAGUCUGCCCCUGUGACAAAAGAUGGAAGUUACUUCAAGAAAGCACAAUGUGAUCUUCUAUAGAUUGCCAAAUUGGUUGAAUUUUGUACAACUGAUAAUAUUCCAUAGAUUUUUCUUUUAUCCCAUGACAGAAAUGUAACAACGGAGUACAUUAUUUAUUUUCUCACAUAGGUUAAGUAACUUGAUAAAUCUUGCACAGACAGAAAACAAAGGAGGGUUAUAGCUCCGGGGUGUCAAUGAUGGUUGCUAUUUCUCAGGCAAGAAAUUUCACCACUACCAAAGACUCACUGAUUCCUAGAAGUAUCACAAUUACCACAGUAGUGGGGAACAGACUUGUGUGUGGCAAAUGUUGUUCGUUAAUGUUGUACAUUCUGAUGUGCACAGUGUUCUUGCCUCUGUUCUCCUUUUGUGUUUGAAAGACUGCAUUCUUUAUCUGGCGCUGACAGCAAGAUCGGUGGCCUUUGAAAAUUCACAUAUCUCAGCGUUUCUCGCAUCACACAGAGUCCCUCUGCACUCCCAGUUUAAUGUUUUCCAUAGGCAGGGUUUUCUUUUUCUUUUUUUCCAACAAAAUUGAAAGAUGUUUACAUUUUUCCAUUAAAUGUGUGACAAACUACUGAUGUAUGUAGGAGUAACUUCAACAUUCCCAGCACUGAGUAAUUAGAUGAAGUAAUUCUAAACAUACACUGGGUGUGGAAAGGCUUGUGGAAUUCCGGUAGUUUCAUUUAGUCAUGUGGCUGGUGAAGGAAUUGGAGGAAAAGGGUCUCACCAUUGCUGGUCCUUAGGCUGAAGUAAUGAAAUCAUGUAGCUAGUUUCAUGGUUAUUGCAUUUUGUUUUGUUUUUCACACGUUUCAACCACCUGGAAAUUAAAUAAAGCAACUCUGGAUUUCAUAAAGAGCAAA